AUGACUUCAGUGGGCAAACAACGCACCUUCGAUGGCCACUGGCACGCUGGAGAAGUCUGCUCUUCACGGAUGAAUCCCAGUUUCAACUGUACCUGGCAGAUGGCAGACAGCGUGUGUGGCAUCGUGUGUGCCCAGGACCUGAAUGUGAUCGAGGAGGUGAUCAGGAUGAUGCUGGAGAUCAUCAACUCGUGUCUGUCGAACUCUCUACACCACAACCCCAACCUGGUCUACGCCCUGCUCUACAAGAGAGAGCUCUUCGAACAGUUCAGAACACACCCCUCCUUCCAGGACAUCAUGCAGAACCUCGACACGGUGAUAGGUUUCUUCAGUCAGCGUCUGGAAGCAGCAGGGACUGACCUGUCAGUAGAAAGGGUUCAGGAAGUUAUCAUGAAGGGAGCACAGGCCCUUCCCAACGACCGCCCAAG